UCCCGCUUGACAGCGGAAGUCCCGCCCGCCGAGCCAGAGCCCUCGUGCAACUCGCAGCCGGCAUGGCGCACUACAACUUCAAGAAGAUUACGGUGGUGCCGUCCGCCAAGGACUUUAUUGACCUGACAUUAUCGAAGACUCAACGAAAGACUCCAACAGUUAUUCAUAAACAUUACCAAAUUCAUCGAAUUAGACAUUUUUACAUGAGAAAAGUCAAAUUUACUCAACAGAAUUACCAUGACAGACUCUCUCAAAUUGUAACAGAUUUUCCCAAAUUGGACGACAUCCAUCCAUUCUAUGCUGAUUUGAUGAAUAUUCUCUACGACAAGGAUCAUUACAAGUUGGCUCUAGGACAAAUAAAUAUUGCCAAAAAUCUAGUGGACAAUGUGGCUAAAGACUAUGUGCGGCUUAUGAAGUACGGCGACUCUCUGUACCGCUGUAAGCAGCUGAAGCGGGCUGCCCUGGGGCGCAUGUGCACCGUGAUUAAGAGACAGAAGCAGAGCCUGGAGUACCUGGAGCAAGUGCGUCAGCAUUUAUCCCGUUUGCCGACCAUCGACCCAAAUACGAGGACGCUGAUUCUGUGCGGGUACCCAAACGUUGGGAAGUCCAGCUUCAUCAACAAGGUGACGAGAGCGGACGUGGACGUCCAGCCCUACGCCUUCACCACCAAGGCCCUGUUUGUCGGGCACAUGGAUUACAAGUACCUGCGCUGGCAGGUUGUCGACACCCCGGGGAUUUUGGAUCACCCUCUGGAGGAUCGGAACACCAUUGAGAUGCAGGCCAUCACAGCCCUGGCCCACCUCCGCGCCGCGGUCCUGUACGUGAUGGAUUUGUCCGAGCAGUGCGGGCACGGGCUGAGAGAGCAGCUGGAACUCUUCCAGAACAUCAGACCUCUCUUCGUCAACAAGCCUCUUAUAAUUGUAGCAAACAAAUGUGAUGUGAAGAGAAUAGCUGAACUUUCCGAAGAUGAUCAGAGAGUCUUCGUAGAUCUGCAGGCGGAAGGCUUCCCUGUGAUAGAGACCAGCACCCUGACGGAGGAGGGUGUUGUUCAGGUGAAGACGGAGGCCUGCGACAGGCUUUUGGCUCAUCGGGUGGAGACCAAGCUGAAGGGCAAGAAGGUGAAUGAGGUGCUGAACAGGCUGCACCUGGCCGUCCCCAGCAGGAGGGACCACAAGGAGAGGCCUCCCUUCAUCCCAGAAGGAGUGGUGGCACGCAGGAAGAGAAUGGAAGUUGGGGAGCCGAAGAGGAAACGGGAACGAGAUCUGGAGCUGGAAAUGGGAGACGAUUAUGUUUUGGAUCUUCAAAAAUACUGGGAUUUAAUGAACUCUUCUGAAAAAUACGACAAGAUACCAGAGAUUUGGGAAGGCCACAAUGUAGCUGAUUAUAUUGAUCCAGCCAUUAUGAAGAAACUGGAAGAGUUAGAAAAAGAAGAAGAACUAAGAACGGCUGCUGGAGAGUACGGCAGUGAGUCAGAGAGUGAGGAUGAGGAGACGGUGGAGAUCAGGCAGCUGGCAAAGCAAAUCAGAGAGAAGAAGAAGCUGAAAAUUCUGGAAUCCAAAGAGAAAAAUACACAGGGACCCAGGAUGCCUCGAACCGCUAAGAAGGUUCAGCGGACAGUUCUGGAGAACGAGAUGCGCAGUCUGGGGGUUGACAUGGACGGCAAGGACAACGCCCACUACGCGGUCCAGGCGAGGAGGUCUCGGAGCGUCACCCGCAAGAGGAAGCGGGAAGACUCUGUCCCACCCUCUUCCGUGGCCCGGAGUCGGAGCUGCUCCCGAACCCCACGGGAUGUUUCUGGGCUUCGCGAUGUGAAGAUGGUGAAGAAGGCCAAGACCAUGAUGAAGAAAGCGCAGAGGAAGAUGAACCGCCUGGGGCGCAAGGGGGAGGCCGACAGGCACGUGUUUGACAUGAAGCCCAAGCACUUGCUCUCCGGGAAGAGGAAAGCUGGCAAGAAGGACAGGCGGUAGUGUCCCCCCUCCUGUCUCGGUCUGGCCUGGUGUUGCCUAACGUUGGGGCUGUGACCUGUGAGCUGGAAACACAGUGUAACUGAAGCACUUGUUGCUGUGCUGAAAACCGGUUAGCCCUAUAGAUGUGGGGAGUUUUUGUCACUGCAUAGUAUUACAGGUAGUUUGGUAGACGGUGAUUCUGCAUUCGGUGGAGUAUUGAUGGCUUCAGAUUUGCAGAGGUGGAAUGAUUUAUUGGGAUGAGUGACUUGUUUUUGAUGGAGAAGACCUCAGUUUUCUCCAAAGAGGGAGCUGUGGUUCAUCACACACGAACGGCCCUCUGUGAAGAGCGCGUCUCCACGGCGGAUGUGGGCGGGAGGCUGCCGGCGUGGCAGUGUGUCAGCCCCAUGUUUAAAAUACUCUAUUAAAUUAUUUUCUAGUC